AUGGAUGAGAUGAUAGAGACGAUGCGUCAGGUUUGGAGGGUCUAUAACAGAGUCAGAGGUAUAGCUCUAUCUAACGAACGCUUCCUGUUCGUGUUCCAAAGGGAGGAGGAUUUGGUAAUGGUGCUAAACGACAGACCAUGGUCCUUUAACCAUUGGACGAUGCUGUUGGAUCGUUGGGUUCCAGUUCCUCCGAAAGAUUUCCUGACAACAGUGGACGUCUGGGUUCGGAUCAGUCGGAUACCAAUGAAUCAUUAUAGGUUGGAAACGAUGGAUUUCUUAGCUAGCAAGGUGAGAUUGGAUAUCACCCGGCCAGCUUUGGAGAAGAAGGUUCUAAAUCUUCCAUCAGGGGGGCAAGCCGUGAUUGAGUUUGAGUAUGAAAAGUUGACGAAACGUUGCUUUCACUGUCUUCCGUUGACUCAUGAGAGACCCGACUGCCCUUACCUUCGGGAAAAAGUGAGACCAGUGUUUAAAGAGGUGGUAGUAUCCUCUAAUGGCAGAGCUUCUAACCUGAAAGACCCUGUUGGGACUGUUCCUCCACCAGGACAUGCGGUGCCGCCUGGUUUCUCUCCUAUGUUUCCACAAUUGGCGGAGGAGGAACGUAAUGCGGCACUGCAGUAUGUUUUUCAUAGUGAUCCUACAGAGAGUCAGGCCCGGAUCAUGCGUGUGCAACAAUCUAUCACGGAUAAGGGUGCAGUAGGAGCUAGGCAGAUGCCAUUGAUUUCGCAUAAUCUUAAGAAGGGUAAAGGCCAUGUAUUUGGAUAUGAGAGACAGAGGAAGAUUGGUGGAGACGUGUUUUGCUCAAGUAAGUAUAUGCCUUUCAAGCUGUCUACUGGUCUGGUUGUUAGUUGUGGAGCAGACGAUCUCGAGGUGUCCUCAUCUUCCUCUCCUGUUGGUCCUACGGUCUUCAGGAUUGGUUCAUCUACUAUUAACCAUCCUACCGGGACCAAGAGUGAUGGGAAAAAGUCGAGGAGACGCCCGCAGAGGUGGAAGAGGCUGAGUCAGACGAAAGCUUGUGUUGCUGGUGAUGGUGAUGGUCUUGCUGGAACUGAUGAUGCCCUAAAGAAGUCAGCUUUGGUUAUUCAUGGUGAAGAUACAGUUGCUUCCGCUGGUUUUUCCAAAAGGAAAGCGGUCUCGUGUGUUGGCGAUCACUCUACAAAAUCUCCAAAAAUCAAUACAGAAACGGUGGCUUCCGCUUUGAAGCCGCUGCCUCCCCAAUGA